AUGCCGAUAGCGACCCCUUCUGGAGACCUGAGCACUCUUCCUUCUUCGGCCAAGGCUGUGGCUGGGCUGGGACUGGGGUCUGGGCCAGGUAGGUGGGCAGCAGCUGGUGUUGAGUGGCAGCGCGGCCCCGUGGCCCCGACUUUAGUGGCGCAGCUAGGGAAAUCCUAUGGACAUACAUCUUGGAAUCAGUGUAAAGAAGUCUUCCUUGGUACUGAAGAAGGUAAUGUGAAUGUGAAAGAAACAGAAACACAUGACAAUGUUCAGAUUCAUGAAAAAUAUUGCAGUGGAGGGAAACCCUAUGUAUGCAAGCAAUGUGGGAAAGGUUUUACCACACAUGGAAUUUGUAAGAAACAUGAAAGAAUUCACAGAGGAAAGAGACCCUACAUAUGUGAUCAGUGUGGGAAAGCUUUUACAGCACGUACAUAUUGUCAAGUACAUGAAAGACUUCACUCUGGAGAAAAACAUUAUGAAUGUAAGCACUGUGAGAAAGCUUUCAGCACAUGUACUUAUUGUGUAAUCCAUGAAAAAAUUCACACUGGGCAGAAAUCGCAUAUAUGUAAGAAAUGUGGGAAAGCUUUUAGCAGGAAAAUUCAUUUUCAAAUACAUGAAAAUGUUCACACUGGAGAGAAACCCUAUGUGUGUAAGCAAUGUGGAAAAGGUUUCACCCAAGUUGGACAUUGUAAGGAACAUGAAAGAAUUCACACUGGAGAGAAACCUUAUGUAUGUAAGCAAUGUGGGAAAGCUUUUAAAACACAGGGAGAUUGUAAGAAACAUGAAAGAAUUCACACUGGAGAGAAACCAUAUGUAUGUAAGCAAUGUGGGAAAGCUUUUAACAGACGGGAAGUUUGUAAGAGACAUGAAAGAAUUCACACUGGAGAGAAACCAUAUGUAUGUAAGCAAUGUGGGAAAGCUUUUACCACUCAUGCAAAUUGUAACGAACACGAAAGAAUUCACACAGGAGAGAAACGAUAUGUGUGUAAGCAAUGUGGGAAAGCUUUUAAAACACGUGCAUAUUUUAAGGUUCAUGAAAGAAUUCACACUGGAAAGAAACCAUAUGUAUGUAAGCAAUGUGGGAAAGCUUUUAAAACACAGGGAUAUUGUAAGAAACAUGAAAGAAUUCACACUGGAGAGAAACCAUAUGUAUGUAAGCAAUGUGGGAAAGCUUUUAACAGACGGGAAGGUUGUAAGAGACAUGAAAGAAUUCACACUGGAGAGAAACCAUAUGUAUGUAAGCAAUGUGGGAAAGCUUUUACCACUCAUGCAAAUUGUAACGAACACGAAAGAAUUCACACAGGAGAGAAACCAUAUGUGUGUAAGCAAUGUGGGAAAGCUUUUAAAACACGUGCAUAUUUUAAGGUUCAUGAAAGAAUUCACACUGGAGAG